AUGUUCGUUUUCGAGCAUUUUGAGGAUCAUCUUCUAGAGCUUGCUCAGAAGGACCUGCCUCUUGAAGUGAAAAAUAAGAUCCUUGAAGAUGCUCUUCGUGAAAUCGCAGAACUCCAUGAUCAGGACAUUGUCCACACAGAUAUGAAGGCAGACAACUGCCUUUACGCGGUGCAUAAACACAUCAUCUUUGCUGUGGGGGAAGAGGAAUUGGAUGAGAGAGUGGAUCCCCUGGCUAUUGUAAUUGAGCGUCAAAUCUCUUACUUUGGAGAUGAUGAUACACUGAAUGUAUUUUUGAACCUUCUUGGCGAUAAUCCCUGGGUUCCCGUUUCUAAAGUCCUACGGGAUGGUUUCAAUAAAGAUAACCCGCGCAAACCAUUCUCCCUUUGGAAGGGGGUUGACGAAGACUUUAAAUGUCUUAUUUGCGCUAUGACAAAUUUUGAUCCGGAAAAUAGAAUCACGGCGCGCGAGGCAUUAGCACACAAGUGGUUCGAAGAUGUUUAA